AUGGAUUAUCCAUUUGAACGACGACAUCGACGACGACGACGACCUCAAUCAGUAUCAUUGCACGAUAUCACUUCCUCGAGGGAUGAUGAUGAUGAUAUUGAACAAGAAAUUAUCGAUCGAGCUAUGGAAAUUGAACGAUGUCGAGAAAAAAGUUUACGCCGUCAACUUGAGUAUAUCGUUUAUAAUAUGAAAAAAUUAGAAAAACGUCGUCAUCAACAUGAACGAUUUCGAUCACCAGAAUAUUAUGCCAUGCCAACAAAUCUUUCGCGUCAUCGAAGUUCUGAUUCACAUAUAUAUCGAGAUUCAUCAUCUGAACGAGUUUAUCAAACAAAUGAUUCAAGUUGUUCAGAAACAAAAAUUCGAUCAAGAUCAAGAUCAAAAAAAUUAGUACCGUGUGAAAUAACAAUGACUUAUCAAGGAAUUAAAAGUCAAAGACAUGGUGAUGAAAUAAUGGUUUUACAAGAAAAUAUAAUUGUUUUUAAAGGAUUUCUUCGACCACAAGAAACAUUUACAUUUAAAUUUAAACGUCAUUAUCGUCAAUUAAUUUUAAAAUUAGAGUUUUUUAUUAAUGAACUUUUUGAAUGUUGUUUAUCAAUUGAUUGUGAACGACAACAAAUCGAUGAAAAAAAUGAUCUUUUUCAAUUAGAAGCUAUACAAACAUAUGAAUUAAAUCACAAAUAUCGAACAAAUGAUGAAGAACAAUUGAGUAGUGAAACAGAGAAAUCAAAUUCUAUUGAUCAUUGUCGACGACACCAUCAUUAUUAUAAUUCGCGUUCACCAAUAAUAAAUGGAAAGAAACGAUCAAAAUUAGAUAAUGGUCAACGUCAUCAUAAAUCUAAAACUGAAGAACAAUCCUUAUCAUCAAAUCUAAUAUCAAAAGAUCAAAAUGAAAUAACAAGAGAAACUUCAUAUGUUAAACAACGAUCUCAAUAUAGUUCGAAUCCACCUCAAACACUAUCAACAAAACAAAUUGAAUCAAGACCUGAAGAAACAACGAGAAAUCAAAAAUCAAAAUCAAAUCUUACUCAAGCUCCAUCAUCAGUAUCAAGACAAUUAAGUUUAAAAACAACAUCUACUAAUGAAAAGAAACCACCUGUUUCUCAUUUAAUCAGUUCAGAUAACGAUGAUGAUAAUGAUAAUGAUACAUUGGAAGAAAAUAUUAUCAAAAAACCAAGUUAUGGUCCACCUCAAUUAUCGACACUUGCACGUUCUGAUUCUGAAUCUAUCACAGAUGAAUUAUCAAAUAAUGUUAAACUAGAUGAUGAAAAAGUUUCAAAAGAAAUAAUAAAAAAAUCUGAAUCAUUAUCAGAAAAAAAAGAUGAAAAUGAAGAUGAAGAAAGUAAUGAUGUUGGAAGUUUUAUCGGUUUUCUUCAACUUUUGCAAUCUAUGUCUGGUAGUGCUAUUCAAGUUUCAUCAACAAAUGAUGAUGGAGAUGAAAUUCAAAAUUUACUUGCUCGACUUGGAAUUGUUACUCAAACAAGUUCACGAAAACAAAUCAUUCAAUCAACACCUCGUCUACUUGGAAAUGUUGAAAAUUUUCUUCUUGUUUAUUUGAAUUCAUCAAUACCUGAUAAUUCAUUAUUAAUUAAAUUUCGUUCUCUUGUUAAUUAUUUAAAAAUAUUUGAUGAUGUUGAUGAUUGUAUUGCAUUUAUAAAUAAUAUAUCAAAUGAAAAAAUUAUUUUUAUUGUUAGUGAUGCAUUAGGAGAUCCUGUUGUAUCACGUAUACAAGAUCUUCAACAAUUAUUCGCUAUUUAUGUUUUAUGUAAAACAGCAAAACAAGUUGAUAAUUGGUCAACCAAUCAACCAAAAAUUCGUGGAAUUUAUAUGAAUAUCAAUGAAAUACUUGAACAAAUAAAAAACGCUAUUGAAAAUGAUGAAGAAAAUUCAUUAACAUUUACACAUACAUUAACAACAGCAAAUACAAAAAGUGAACCAUCAUUUUUAAAGAAUCAACUAAUAAAAGAAAUUUUACUUGAUUCUGAUGAAAUGAAUGAAGCAAAAAACGAACUAAUUGAUUUUUGUCGAGCUGAAUAUGUUGAUAAUAUAGAACAAUUAACAUAUAUUCAACAAUUUGAAGAUGAAUAUCGAAAAGAAAAUAUUCUGGAAUUCUUUCGAAAAGAAAAAUUUUUAUAUAAAAUGUUAAACAAAGGUUUUCGAAUACCUGAAGUUGAUAUAUUAUUUAAACUUCGUUUAUUUAUUCAAAAUCUUCAUCAUUAUAUUAUUUCAUCAUCAAAUAAUUCUUCAAUAAAAACACUUUAUCGAUCACAAUUUGUAACAAAUGAUGAACUUGAUACAUUAAAAACAUGUGUUGAUGAUGGUUUAAUUGCAUUUUCAAAUUUUUUUAUUGCAUCUAUUAAUUAUCCGGAAGAAAAUUUAACAUCAUCAUUUCGAAAUAAUCAACAAGAAGAUAAAGGAGAAGAAAUUAUUUUUCAAAUAGAUGUAUCAAAUAGUAAUAAUUUUAUGUCUAUUGAUAAUCAAAUAUUAGUUACAUUUGGUCUUGUUACAAGAAUUACACAUAUUGAAAAAGAUAAAAAUGAAAAAACUAUAAUACAUUUAAAAACUGUUAGUAGUGAUGAUCGUCAAUUAGAACGAAUUAUUGAACCAAUGAGAAAAGAGACUCGAGCUCCUCAUCCAUCACUUCGUAUUGUUAAAUUAUUUAUGGAACUUGAACAAUAUUCACAAGCUGCUCAACUUGGACAAGUUUUAUUGGCUGAUUUACCUAAUGCUCGAAAAGAUCCUCUUUUAGCUUUAGCACGUAUUUAUCAUUCAUUAGGUACAACUUUAUAUGAAAAAGAAGAAUAUGAUCAAGCAUUAGAUGUUAUUAAAAAAUCUCAUGAACUUUAUGUACGUUUUUUACCUGAAGAUGCUCCACAAUUAUCUCCAACAUGGAAUAAUAUGGGUUCAAUUUAUUUACGACAAGGUAAAACAGAUUUAGCAUUAGAACAUCAUGGAAAAGCUUUAGCUAUUCAAUUAAAAUCACCAAGUCCAGAUCUUCCAUCCAUAAUAUCUUAUUCAAAUAAUAUUGGUGGAGUUUAUUUAAAAUUAGAACGUUACGAUGAAGCACUUGUACAUUUUAAACGUGCUUUACAAAUUGAAGAACAAACAUUACCAACAAAUCAUCCUGAAUUAGCUGGAACAUAUCAUCGUAUUGGUGGAGUUUAUUUUCGUCAAAAUAAUUAUGAAAAAGCACUUGAAUAUUAUGAUAAAACAUUAGAAAUUGAACUUGCUUCUUUACCUGAUAAUCAUCCAACUGUUGCUGUUACAUAUCAUAAUCGUGGUACAGCAUUUGAAGGUUUAGGAAAAUUAGAAGAAGCAGUUGAAAGUGCAGAGAAAGCUGUUGAACGUUUACUUAAAACAUUACCAAAAGAACAUCCACAAGUACGAAUGAAUCAAGCUUAUGUUGAUAGACUUAAACAAAAAUUAUGGGUUAAACAACUUUUUACUUCGUAA